AUGCCCGAUUGCCAAUCUGGCGAUCGGGAACUCCAAAUGCCCUUCAUGGACUGGCAGUCAGGAUCCUCCUCUUCUAGUUCUUCGAAGAAAGAAUAUGGGUUCAUUUGUAUGUCGACAACCGUCGACGAUCUUUCGUAUACACCAUCAGAACAGGAAAGGUCCAGAGAUGAGGCACAGUUCGUCGCUACAGGCCGGAGAAGUUGGAAAACUCUUAAGGGCAAAGGAGAGGCUGUAUGGCCACCACUGUUGUAA